AUGUCUUAUCGUGUUAACAAUGCAGAAAUUGAGGGACAACAUCCACUUCUAAAAGUUACUCCUGUCAGAUUCCUUAGGAUCAGACUUAUUUUGAUUGUAAUUGUUUAAAAUGAAUUUAGAUCAUCAUUUCCAUAAUGACAGGCUGUAUGUUCGCAUUGGCCUUGAGAUGGAGUAAAAAAUUGUAUAACUGGUUUCUAUUUACUCCUUGCAAUGUUGAAGAGACAGGAACACAUUAUAGGGUAGAUACAUAGAAUGGUCAAUAAUUUACAUUAGAAAAGCAGUAGAUGAAUGGCAUAUACUAUUUUACAUUCAGGUAGUAAGACUGUUAAAUUUAGACUUCUUAAAUAUGCAUUUGAUCCAAAAACACAGUGUUAUUAACCAAUUGAAUUUGAAACUGACGGCAAGAUAAUCAAAGAUAUAAUAGCUAAUCGUAAUGUAUUAACUCAAAAUUUGAAAAUAUAAUACUAUGGGAAAUGUCAACUCCAAAUACCCAUCCAACCCCUGGCCGAAUUUUUAUUCGAGCACCUAACCGGCCCAUUCAAUAUCCUCCAAUAUUUUGCCGUAGCUGUAUGGUUUGCUCAAAAUUCAAUCACAUUCCCGAUCCUCAUCUUGGCAUUCACAGCAAUUGCAGUUAUAGUCAACUAUAUCUUGUACAGAAGAUCAAGGAGUCUCUUACAGAAAUUAGCUAACAUCCAUCAGAAUGUAAUAUUGAAGAGUGAUACGUUAAGAACUGUGAAUGGAUCUGAAUUACUCCCAGGAGAUUACAUAAUAUUAUAGGAAGGAUAACAAUUGAAUUGUGAUUGUGCUAUUCUUUAAGGAGAUGUCAUGGUAAAUGAAGCAACAUUGACAGGAGAAAAUGUACCAAUACCAAAAACAGCCUUGCCUGAUCAUUCAGUUAAAUUCAAUUUCGAGUCACUAAAUCAACAUUGUCUAUUUGAAGGAACUAGUAUAGUGAAAGUGAAUACAACAACUGAGAAUGUGGCAAUAGUCCUAAGAACUGGAUUUAGUUCUUUAAGAGGAUAAUAUUUUAGAAAUGUUUUAUUCCCUGCACCUCCCUCCUAAAGAUUUUAUGUCCAAGCAGCUAAAUUUAUAUUAACUUUUGCCACAAUAAUAGCUAUAGUCUAUGGUUUUAUGCUAAUAAAAUACAUCCCGAUGGAAUUCAAAACAAGUCUCUUAGUAUUAAGAUUCCUUGAUAAUAUUGUUUGGUCAAUACCUCCUUCGAUGCCUAUCUUCUUUAACAUUUGUAAAACUGCUAGUUUAGUUCGACUGAGUUCGAUCGGCAUUAAUGGCAGUAAUGCUGAUAAGAUUGAAUCUGCUGGUCGUAUUGAUACUUGUUGUUUUGAUAAAACAGGCACUCUUACAACUCUAGGUUUGAAAGCAAUCAAAGUUUGGACUCAUGAUCAAUCAUUAGUAAUUUUAGUGUAUUUAUAUUUAAUAGGAAUAAAUUGCUAAUUACAUUUUAGCAUGUUGUCAUCAUCUUUUAUUGAUUAAUGGAGAAUUGCAAGGUGAUCCUUUGGAAAUAGAGAUGCUAAACUUCAUUGGUUGGAAGAUUAACUUUGAAGGCAAAUCCUUCUUUUCAGUUAAAAAGGAUUCAUAAGAAUUUGAAAUCAUAAAGAUCUUUGACUUUAGUUCAGCAAGGUAAAUGAUGAGUGUCAUAGCAACAGAUGGAACCAAUUUCUAUUUAUUUUCUAAAGGAUCUCCUGAAAUGAUUAAUCAGUAAUCUCAAGACAAAAAGUAAGUUGUUUUAGAUGAAGUCAAAAAAUAUGCAUCAAAUGGAUUCAGAGUGUUGGGUUUGGGUUAUCGUAAAUUAAAUAACAACCAAUUAGAUCUACAAAGAGAAGAAUUGGAAACACAGUUGAAUAUUGUUGGUAUGUUUGUUUUAGAAAAUCCACUCAAAGAUGAUACUCCUUAAGUGAUAUAAACUUUAAGAAACAGUGGAUUGGAUAUCAAAGUGAUUUCAGGGGAUAGCCCUUUAACUACUAUCUAUUGUGCUAAAAUAUCUGGAAUCAUUGAUUUCAACUCUGAAGUUGUGAUUCUAGAUUAUAAUUCGUCCAAAAGAUAAAUAGUCAUCUUUGAUAAUGAUAAUCAAGCUAAUUAUGAUGAAAAUGCCAUAGAAAACCAAAAUUUAAUCGAAUAAAUUAUUCAAAAUCCUAAAAUGACUGCAUUGACUGGGAAAUUCUUAGAAUUUAUAUCUAAAUUUUUAACAAUUGCCAAUCCUAAUAGAGAAACCAGUAUCAGUAUGACAUAAAACAAUUCAUCAAAUCAAAUUUUCUCUGAUAAUAAUGCAAUUGAAUUUGAUGAUACCAAAAUGAAAGAACUUACUAAGAAAUUAAUUUCAAAGACUAGAGUUUUCGCCAGAUAAAAGCCAGAACAAAAGAAAUAAAUUGUUGCAUUACUCCAAGAAAUGGGAAGAUAAGUCAUGAUGACUGGAGAUGGAGCCAAUGAUUGUGUAAGUUUUUAAAAUUAUAUAAUUUAGUCAGCUAUAGCAUAGGCAUAAGUAGGUAUUUCAUUCAGUGAAUCUGAUGCUUCUUAUACUGCACCAUUUAGUUCAAAAUCAACUUCAUUAAAAUGUUGUGUCUAAGUCUUAGCAUAAGGAAAGGCAGCCAUAAUGACUAUAAUUGAGGUGUUUUAAUAUCAACUUAGUGUUAAUGGAAUUAAAUUUGCUGCUGUUACCAUUAUGUUUUUAGAAGUUUAGAAUUUUUGUAAUCCUAAAUUACUAUUAUUUUAGCUGAAUUUUAAACUGUCUAUGUUGGAUUCAUUUCCAAUAUUCCCUUAUUAAUUUUCUUAUGUAUUUCUUCCCCAACCACAGAACUAGCAGAAUAUAUACCUUUAGAUGAUCAAUUCUCCUAUUAAAAUCAAAUUCAAAUCUAUACUAAUAUUUUCUUCGCUGUUUUAGGGUAUGUUUAUAAUUUAAUAUCAUUAUAGGUUAUGUAUCAAUUACGGUAUUCUUACUACAACAGAUAGAUUCUUUGAAUAUUCUAAACCUAUUGAAAAGUUUUAAAGAGAGGGAUACUUGAAUUCAAUCAUGUUUUUAAGUUUGAUGUACUACUUCAUGUCUUUUGGAGUAUCAAUAUACGUAUCAAAUCCUUUUAAAGUCAAAUACUAUAAAAACAUCUUACUAACAUUAUGGACAACUCUUGGUUUUGUUGUUGCAAUAGUAUCAUUCAUAUUCCCUCAAAGGGCUAGUUGGUGCGAUGUAAUUGAUAUUAAAGAAGACACGUAAAUAUUCAUAAUUAUUUUAAUAUCAGUUUCAAAGGAUUUAAUUGGGUUGUUUUAUCAGUUGUCAUAGUAACAUCUUUUCUUGGAUUUUUUUUCCAGGCCCUUCUUUAAAGAUAUAUACCGUCAAUGUAUAAAAUAACACAUAAAUCAUGAAGAAUAAUUUCAUAACAAAUAAUAUAAUAUUAAAAUACAUCCAUAUAUUAUUAUUAGCAAUUCUGGUUGCAGAUAUUUAUGAUUCCAAUUAAUUCCUUUCCUCCAAAUAAGUGAGUUUUCAGUACUUAAAUUCAAAUUUAAUUAUAAAUCCGUUUUAUUAAUUUUAUUAAAUGCUUAUUUUGUUUUUCUUGGUAGGAUCACUAUCACAAAGCACUUAGUAUUUAUGACUAAAAAUUAUUAGAGCUUUCUAGUUAUAUCACAGUCGAUGAUGCCUUAUCUGAUCUGUUAAAAACGUAGCCCAAAGGAUAUAAGCCGUGGCAUCCAUCGUUGAAUGUGAGAUUACGUGUUUAAGAAGAAGAAAGAACUUAAGAAUUUUAUUCAUUUGUCUAAUAGCAAAUUAAAAUCAAAUAAAGAGGGAUCAACACAUAGCAUCCAAUGCAAUUUGUGUAGGUUUAAGGCCCAGAAUUCUUUGAGAACUUGGUUUGUAAAUGUAGUUUUUCGCCUGCAGAAGCUGCUUAAGAAGAGGAAGAAGGAGGAGAAGGAGGAGGCGAGGAAGCAGAAGGAGGGGGAGCAUGCGAAGCAGAGGGAGGUGGAGACCAGGAAGGUGGAGAAGGAGAAGGAGAGGAAGUUGAAUUCAUUGUUAAAAAGACCAAAGCUCAUGGGAAAGACUUCAGUUUCCUAUAAGUAGGAACUUAAAGUAAUUUAAAUUAAUAUAUACCUCAACCUUAACAAGCCGAUUAAUUAUCUUAAUAUGACUUAAGAUUACAGGCUCAGGAAUUAUUGAUAAAGCAGUUCAUGGAAAAAUAAAAUUAACUGACUCAACAAUUAUCUCUGUUACAACAGAGCUAGGGUGUAUUUGUACCAUCGCUUUUUCCCUAAGUCGUAGAUACUAAUUAUCUAACACCUUAAUAACAAGCUCAAAUGCUUUAUAUGUUGUAGCUGUAAUAGUAAUAACAAUAAAUUCAAUAACAGCUACUUUAAUAGUAAAUGCUGAAUCCAUUAUCCUUCUAAUCAAGUCCAACCAUAGUAAAGAAUGAUAAUAUUUAAACAUAACAAUAAUACUAAAUCCCAUUACAAUAGCCACUUGUUUAUACUUAGACUGUUACUUAGCCCAUUUUGAACCAAUAACAAUUAUUGCUCUAAUAAUAAUUACUACAAUAAUAAUAAAUUCCUCAAUAAUUAACUUAAUAGUAACUUCUACAGCAACCACAGUAGUUAUUGAAUUAAUAGUAAAUACCAUAAUCCUAGCCAUAAUAGCAAGUUUAAUCUUAGAUUCCUUAGCAAAUCCCGUAAUUUUAAUAAUAAUAGAUUCCUUAGCAAAUCCCGUAAUUUUAAUAAUAAUAGAUUCCAUAACAAUAGAUCUAAGGUUUCUAAUAAUAAAUUCCUCAGCAAGUUCAAUAAUAAAAUAUCUAAUAAUAACCUUAUUAAUCGAUUCAACAAUAAUAACCUUAUUAAUAAAUUCCUUAGUAGCAAUAGUAGUAGUAGAUUUAACAAUAAUAAUAAAGUGGAUUUUUACAAUAACCAUAAUAGCAGUAGAAUGUCCCCCAAUUGGAGUAGUUGGUAAUUUGAUAUCAUUAUAUUUUUAGUUGGCUCAGUAGAUGGCCCAACCUUUGAUGUAACCUCAAUUUUUACAAAAGUAACCAUAAAUUAUUGGAGUAGGAUGAUGG